AUGGCCACGCCUCUUAGUACUGUACGAUCGGUUGUUCAUGUCGAUGACCUCGGGAUUAAAACUAUUCUUUCCGACCGAGGAAUCUCCAUCAAUGUAGAUCAUAAGAUCAACGAAGACGAGGCUAAAAUACUUGCCUUGGGAUAUAAACAAGAAUUGAAGCGUGAGUUCUCUUUGUGGUCUAUAUUUGCUGUAUCAUUUUCGGUUUUGGGCUUACUUCCCUCGGUUGCUUCAACUUUUGACUACCAACAGCUUGUAAUUGGAAUUUCUCCUGUUCCUUGGAUUGUCGCGGUCUUGCUUAGUACUACUGUAGCUCUAUCGUUAGCGGAGAUUGCUUCUGCAUUUCCUACAUCUGCGGCUAGCGCUUACGCCGUGUCUCAAUUGGCACCCAAAAAAUAUGCCCCAUUUUGCACCUGGAUUACUUGUUUCAGCAACUGGAUGGCUCUGGUGACUGCAGCACCAUCUGUUGACUAUUCCUGUGCCGGGAUGAUCUUGGCACUCUAUUCCUAUAAUACCACGAGUUAUAAACCCACCACCGGGCACGUAUACGGUCUCACAACGGGUAUUCAAGUGACGCAUGCAAUUAUCAGUUCACUUCCUACAAAAUGGUUGGCCCUAUUAAAUAGUGCAGGAACCCUGUUUAACAGUUUGGGCUUGUUAGUCGUAUUCAUCGUGAUUUUGGCAGGAAACAAAAGAGAUGAGCUACACCCUGGAGCUACAAAGUUCAACUCGAGUAGUCAAGCGUGGGACUUGGAAAACCAAACUGACUUUCCAACUGGUUUCGCUAUGCUCAUGUCAUUCUUGGGUGUCAUUUGGGCCAUGUCUGGAUAUGAUUCUCCAUUUGUUAUGUCGGAAGAGUGUUCCAACGCCUCUAUUGCUGUCCCAAGGGCAAUUGUUAUGACUGCAGUUGGUGGAGGAAUUUUUGGGUGGAUCUUUAUGUUUGCAAUUGCUUAUACUUUGUAUGAUAUUGGUGCAAUUUCUGAAGAUGUUGAUGGUUUGGGUCAACCAUUUGUACUAUAUUUAACUCAAAUCUUAGAUAAGAAUUUGGUUAAUCUCGCUGUUGCAUUGACCAUCAUCGCUGGGUAUUUUAUGGGAUUUUCAUGUAUGUUGACAACUUCCCGCCUCACGUACUCAUACUCACGGGAUGGCCUUUUCCCUGGAUCUCGAUGGUGGAAAGUGGUCAAUCCAGUCACACAGACUCCUAUUAAUGCUGUGUGGAUAAAUUUCCUCGUUGGACAAUUACUACUUUUACUCAUGUUUGCUGGUGAUUUAGCUAUAGGAGCAAUUUUCUCCAUUGGUGGUAUAGGAGCAUAUGUAGCGUUCACCAUGCCUACGCUCUUCAAAGUAUUCUAUUGUAAAGACUUCCAGAGAGGUCCGUGGAAUUUAGGGCGAUGGUCCACUCCAAUUGGAAUGAUUUCCGUAUUUUUCGUGGCCCUUAUGAUCCCGGUUUUAUGUUUCCCAUACGUGAAAGGUUCAAAUCUCACUUUAGAUGAAAUGAAUUGGACUGUACUUGUCUUCUUUGGACCGUUGUUAUUGUUUACGGUGUGGUUUAUCGUUGAUGCGCAUAAAUGGUAUCAUGGUCCCAAAUCAAACAUUGACGAGGAGGAUAUGGUAUACAAUUCAAAUGUAAUCAUUGGGGUUGAAAGUGAAAAGGACUGCAGCCGUAUGUCUAUCAAGGAUAGCAACUAA